GUUGGUAGCAGCGGUUGUGUUUGUAGGUGACAGUUUUGAAUUCCAAGUACUACUACACCAUAAACGUACAGUUUUUAGCGCCACUGAAUUAAAAACUCUCACCGGGAUGGUAAAUAAAUAAUACGUAUGUACCAAACAUAAGUAUGUUAACAUUUUUUGUGGUUCCAGGACCAGGAAGAAAUAGGCGGUUUUAAUCAAAGGGGAACUAUACCUUUGUUAUGGCUCCCCUUGGCAAGCUAUUAUUUUUUCACUGCUUUCCGAAAGCCGAAGGGGGUGGCAUAUUUCAGCAUAGCCGCCCUCGUUAUCAUGAGUAUACGCAUUGUUAUCUGAUUGGUGACCAUUUACCUACUAUUAAAUUAUACUUGCCGUAUUAUCACGUUAUCGUGGUUGUACAUAUUGUUAUCAAAUAUGUACCUACGGUUAUCUAUAUACCUCUUGUUGCACUCAUAUAUUAUAAUAUAAUGGUACAUUUUAAUACGACGCGCGCCGUAUUGUCACAAAUUGUACUCCGCUACUGUCCAUCAACCAAAAGCAUAAAAUUGGAAUAUCUCUUCAAGGUUAACAGAGGCUUUAGUAGAAAUCAAAAAUGUCAACACUAAAAUAUAUUUUAACUAAUACUACAUCUAUUUAUGGACUUUUUAAUUUAGGUUGUCAUUCGAAAGUCAAAUGUAGGUAGUGGUUUCACUCUAAAAAUAAUAUUAAUAUAAAAUUGUAGAGCGGCUUUUUUUUUUAAAUGUUCCAGAAAACAAAUUCGGGAAAAAGUUAAUAAUUUCCGAGAUAAUGAGUGUGCACUCUUAACUGGAUCACCCGGUAAUGAGAAUCGUUGAACUGAAUUUUUCUUAUGUAUGUAUAUAUACAUAUUGUUCUAUUUUGAAAUUUUAAUAUUUUGAACUAUAUUAAUAAUAAUUAUGAUAGUUUUCUUUUCUGUAACCCUUGAAUAAACAAAAGUAAAUAAAUAGGCAAUUACAUAUGCGUACCAAAUAUACCUAAAAUCCCCAAAUCAACCCUCAGGGGUUGAAUGUUUAAAAAUCCCUUGCGGAUGCCUACGUCCUAAUAUCUAUCCGUGUGCCAAAUUUCAGCCUAAUCCGUCCAGUGUUUUGGGCUAGGCGAUGGUGAUUCUGUCAGUCAGGAUAUGUAUUUUUACAUAAAUAGAUAUCGAUAGGUAUUAUUUAGUUGUGGUAGGGUGAUCAAUUUAUCAUGGUGCACUGGCAGGGUUGUUACAAACAAGUACUCAUUUCUAGGAAUCUUAGACCAAUUCAUUAUUGUGCUUACAAUGAGCCAAUCAUAUCUAUGUACUAGCAUUUAGUUAAUUAACUUAACUCUUUAAGUUUAAGUAUAUUGGAUCUGAAAUAUUUAAACUAGACAUGUAAUAUAUUUAUUUUAAAAACCGGCUUCUUUCGCCUUAAUUUACUUUAUAUCUCAUUUAUGGUUAAUAGCUAUUUAUUUAUGGAGAAAAUUGUUUUUACAAUUAAUAAUUGUAAAAAAUAAAACAUUUUUUCGUAGUUUUAGAAAAAAGCUUUGAAAAGCAUCAACACCAAAUUGGCUUUUGUCAUGAAGUCUGGAAAAUGUGUACUUGGCCUAAAGCAGUCGUUGAAAUCUUUAAGACGAGGGAAAUCUAAGCUGGUCAUCAUUGCAAACAACACAUUUACUUUAAGGUGAGAUUGAGAAACAGGAAACCACCAAUUUCUUAUAACAUAAAAUACAUAAUUUCAACUCGAACUUUACCUAUGGAAUAAUCUAAAGUUAUGUAGAUCAGGAUUUUUAUAGGUUUGAAUUUUUUUUACAUUGGCUAUUUUAUUGAUCUAGGUAUGUUUUUCUUAAAUUAAUUUAAUUUUUUUUCCCCCAUUUUAGAGUAUCGGAAAUUGAAACUGAAUACUAUGCAAUGUUGUCAAAGACUGAUGUUUUUCAGUAUUCAGGAAACAAUAUUGAAUCAGAUACCAGCGUACUGCAUGUGGUAAAUACUUCAGGGUUGCUUACAGUAUCUAUCACCGACCCUGAUAAUUCAGAUAUCAUCAAAACCAUACCUAUUUAUACCUGAUUAACCAGCCCAAUAAGGCAAU